AUGAGUUUACAUUAAAAAGGGUUUAGUACUCCAAACGGAAAACUUCAUACAAUAUCUUCUGCGAUAAAACAACAAAAAUAAAAUAAUGGUCAGGUUCAAAAGACUUUCGUAAAUAAGAAUUUCUCUUUAAACCCAGAAGGAGAAACGAAAGCUGUUUUAUAAAAAAUAAACUAAUCAUAAAAGUAAUAUAAAACAAAUUAUAAUGAGAAGAUCUUGAAUAAAUAUGAUGAAAAGGAUUAUAGCAUUUCUGAUAAUUUAAUGACUCCCAAUAAUAAGAAAUAAAUUAAUUUAAGUUCAUCUAAAUUGUACAGCCAACAGUAAAUUUUAUCUCCAAACAGUGAAGUCAAUAUAUCAAGGAGUAAUUUUAAGAGCAGUUAAAUUCUAAGCCCAAAGAGUCAAAAUAUUAAUAGUAGUAUUAGUCCUUAGAGGCAGUAUUCUAAGUAAUCAUUGACAUAAAGAGGUUUGUAAAAAUCUUAAUCUCCAUCAAAGUAAUCAAUACAAAAUUAAAUUGUAAAAAAAGAGCUUUAAGAGGCUCUAGAAAAAUAAAGGGAAAUGUAAAGGUAGAGAUAACGCACAAUGGCUGAUCCAGAAAGAUUAAAUGAAGAAAAAAAGCUUUUAAAACAAAUGAUUAUUGAGUUAGAAGAAAAAAAAUUAAAAAAAUAGAAUGAAAUUAAUAACAUAAAAACAAAAUGCAUAAAGGAAGAAAAGGAUAUUAAAAACCUUCGUGAAAAUUAUUUAGGAGAAAAGGAAAAAUUUAAAACAAUUGUUGAAACAAUUGCUAAAGACAACAAAAUUCUUGAAGAGUAGUUGAAACGUACAAGAUAGGCACAUGACGUUCUUUAGAAGGAGAGAAGUGAGAGUUAAAAAUUAGAAAACCAAUUUAAGUUAGAAAUAGCACAUCUUAAAGAAAAUAUUAAGAUCCUUGAAGAAAGAAAUAAUAAAGAAGUUUAAUUAAUGUAAUAAAAGAUUAAAUCUGAAGAAGAAAGAAAUGAUAAGCUUAGAAAAAAACUAGAAGAGGCUAACUUUAACUUAGAUGUAGAAGAGAGGUUGAGAAAUUCUUACAAGGAAAAAAGAUCAAAAAUAGAGUAAAACUAAGAAUUAAUCUCUCAGCUUAGCUAAAAAAGAGAUUAACUUUCUAAAAAUCUUGCACAAUUAAAUGAAGAAUAUGAUAGACUAUAAAGAUAAGUCAAAAUAGAGAUAAAAAGCUAAGAAAAAGAGUAUGAGGAAUUUGCAGAAACAAUAAAAGAUGAGUAAAAAAAUCAAGAGCUUAAUAUAUCUGACUUAGAAGCAGAAAUAGAAAUACUUAUAAAAUAAAGCAAGGAAGAAGAAUUAAGGAUUUAAAAAGAGUGCCAUGAUUCUGAUGAGUAAUUAAAUUUAGUUAUUCAAUAAUAGAAGAAAGUAGUUGAGCAAUACAAAGAUUACGAAAAAUUUUAGUAAAAUGAGUAAGUCCUCCAAAAGGAAUUUGAAGCAUUGAAGGCAAAGCAAGUUAAUGAAAUUUAAAUUAGAAAGGAAUUGGAAGAAGAAUAAAGAAACUUGAUCCGGUAAGAGCUAGAAAUCUAAGCUAAAAAAGAUAGAGAAAUUAAGAAAUUAUAAUAAGAAAAUUAAGAACUAAUUAAAGAAAUAAAUUAAGUAAAGGAGCAAAUAAAAUAAAUAAUUGAGAAAACUGAUAAUACAUCAGCAGAAAUUGAAGAAAAAAAGAAUUUAAUGAGGGAAGAUUUAGAUUUAAAAAAUAAAGAAAUAUAUGAAUAUGAGUCACUAAUAAAUAAACUGAAUCAGGCAAAAAGAGAAUAGCAAAAAGAAAUCAAUUAAAUAUAAUCAGAUUUAUAGGAGUAAAGAAAAGUUUUAGAGUAAAUCAAAGAAGUUGAGAGUUUAAAGAAUGAAUUAAUAGAAUAAAAUUAGAUUCUAUUGAAGAACACAUAGCUAAAAGACAGUAUAGAGCUAGAAUUAGGAGUUAUUGAGAAUAAAAUUAAAUAAAAUAAUGAAGAUAUUAAGUAUAUUUAAGAAUAACUUGAAAUUAAUAAAUCAGAAUCCAGCAAAAAUAAAAUAAAUAACGAUAGAUUACAAUAAGAAAUUGCAGCUCUUCAAUAAGAGCUAAGUAAAUAAAAGAAGAAAAAAAAAUGA